AUGUAUCACAGAUCUCAAGGACUGUUGAAGGAGAGACAAGGUUACCAGCAAAAGAGGUUUGGGAGGAAGAGAAGGGGAGACUGGGAAAAAGAGAUGAGAAAAACAAUUGGGCAAGCCAGCCAGCCAGAGAGAUGGAUGGCCAAGCUGCGAACCACCGAAAUCAGGUCGACGACACUCAGAUUCGGCGGGGGAGCUAGAGCUAGGAUUCGUCGUCGUCAGAUUGCGAGGCAGCCCAGAGGGGUCAGACGAAAGGGCAAGGGUGGGGACAUCCGGCGUCUCUUGCUCGACGCUGCUGGUAGUGCUGCUGCUGCUGAUGGUGCCGUCAGCCCGCGCCCAGAAGCCGGCGGCGCUCCUCAAUCCAAGCUUCUAACCCGUGAUGCUUGCUGGCAGCCAAGAGACAUCGUCAGAGGGGACCAGGUGUUCGCCCUUGGCGCAUCGUUGGCGAGGGAUAGACUGCCAGGGUGGCGAAGGAUGGACGGCCAGCCCAGGUUGCCAGCUUUCAUUUGCUUGGCGACGAUGGCGUCGUCUUCAGCUACAGGCCGGCCCGUGAUGAAGGCAGAAGGUCUGGCUGAUGCUAUUCACUACGAACGAUAA